AUGGAUGAUGGAGUAUUUUUUGGAAGCAAAGAUGGUCUUAUUUCAUCCGAAGAAGAAUCUACGUUCAAUUUAAGAGAUAUAGUUAUCAAAGAAGGUUCGGCGAAAACUUAUCAUCUGUAUUUGAGAAAUUCGAAUGAAUUACAUCCCAUCAAGAUAUCGGUUAAUUUAAUUUUGGAAAAUAAUGUUUCGAUCAAAGUUGAUAGUUUAUUUGAAAUUCACAAAGAACUCGUAAAUCAAAAUGAAAUUAAAAUGGAUGAAAAACUAUUCUAUUUAGGUGAAGAUGGUAUUAGAGAUGAAUCCACGUUCAAUAUAAGGGAUAUUGCAGGUCCGGAGAAAACUUAUAAUCUAUACAUAUGGAAAUUGAAAUUAGGUUAUGGAUCUAAGGGACGUGAAACAACUUCUUCGAUAGCGAAAAAGAGAGCAUUUACGAUGAAGGAAGUACAAACUAUAAUCGGAAUUGGUAAAGGAGAGAAAAGCGUGAUUUGUAAAGCGGAUUGGACAAAAAACUAUAAUAAAGUUGCGCUAAUAAGUUCAAAUCUUCUAGAGAUAAAACAACUUUGUAAUGUUAAUUAUCACCUUCUUGGAACGACAAAAGAUCCACUUGGAAAUGACAUUACGGUGUUGGAAUAUGCAAAUGAAGGGAACUUGCGAGAAUAUUUAAAAAAACAAUUUGUCACAUUAAAUUGGAGCAAAAGGAUCGAAAUGGCAUUAGAUAUUACCCAAGGGUUGAAGUAUUUGCACUCUGAGAAUAUCAUCCAUAGAAAUCUGCACGCAAUAAAUAUAUUGAUUAAUGAUGGUAAAUUAAAGAUUGCAAAUACACACCUGUUUGAUGUGUCAGAGCCAAAAGUAGGAUAUACUGAUCCAAAAUAUCUUUUUGAUCCCCUUCAACUGUCUGACGACCAAUUAAGAUAUGAAAUUCUUAAUGGUCUAAGAGAGGAUUCUGUUGAAAAUACACCUAUAAAAUAUCAACGACUUUACAGAAAUUGUUGGGUAGAAGAUCCCGAUCAAAGGCCAAUUGUUGAAAAUGUUUUAAAAACUUUAGAUCAAUUAAAGUUAGAUUUAGAUAAAGAAAAUGAAUUAUCUACUGAUCAAGAAAUAAUUCAAAAAUUGAAGCUCAAUCAUGGAUUAUUCUUGGAUGGUGAUACCAUGAAACCUAGUAAAGAGGCGAUUUAUAACGUUAACGGUGAAUUGGAUAUUAAUGUAUAUGAUGGACAACCUAUAAUAUAUACUAAUAUAAACGAACCUAAUAAUAAUUUUAAACCUUCGUUUCAACAGUAUGAUACAUGUAUUAAUUUCCCAUUUGCUGAAAUCACUUUUAAAGGAAAUUUAUUAGAAACUUUUUUAAAUUGUAAAAAUGAGGAUGGAAAAUUAAAUGAGAGAUAUGGUCAUUUUUUUUCAGAAAAUGUUUUAGUUGGUGGUCAAUUAUUUAUUAAAAAUUUUAACACGUUAACCAAAACACAAAUUCAUCUUUUAAAAAUGCAUUUAAGCUGGGCAUAUAAUUUAGCUAAAUACGAAGAAAAUCAAUUAUACGAUUUCAUUAACUUGCAACUUGAACCAAAGAUAGAAACUUCGGAUGGAAAUGAAAUAACAACUACUGAAAAGUUGGUUAAUUGGAUGAAAAAUAUGUACCAAGAAAAUAUGAUCGAUAUAAUUUCUUAUAUUAGUCCUAUUCCUGUUUCAAAAUUACAAUAUAAUGAAGCUUCUACGCAACUGACAAGUGAUUUUAAUGAAAAAGUUAUCAAAGUUUCUAAUUAUAAAGAAAGAUUGAAUUUAGAAGUAUGGAUAAAAGAUUCAAUUUAUGUUAACUUGCCCGGAUGGAUUAAUAAUUUCAAUCUUCUUCAAGGAUUGAGAAUUAAUAAAAAUUAUGAAUUAGAGAUUGCCAAAAAGGUCGCCAUAGAUUUAAUCCAAUAUCCUUGUUUAGAAUUAGAGGAUAGUUUUGAUUUAAAACUUAAGCCGACAAAUCAAUUUGAAAUAUUUUUGUUUUCUAAUAAAAUUUCUUCAAUUAAAAAAGAAAAUUUGCAUGUAUUUAACAACAACAUAUCUAUGAUGAUUAAUGAUGAAUUGAAAAUUUAUGAAGAUAAUUUAGAUGAUUUUCAUUUUAUUAAUUAUAAGCAAUACGAGAUAAUUUUACAUUGGAACGAUAUUAUACUUUCAGAAGAGUUGAAACAGGAUAUAGAAAAAGGAAUCAAAGAUAUGAAACCAUAUAAAGUUUUACAAGACGUAUUUAAUGAAUAUGGUCAUUUGUUUCCACAAAAAAUUAUUUUAGGAAAAUCUUUUAAAUUUACUUCAACGAAAUUUUCUCCUAAAGAAUUUUCAAAAAUGUCAACAAUUGAAUCCGUCAAAUCGUAUUUAAAGACUUUUGAUCUAUUAACUCAAAAAGGAGAUAAAAUUGAUGAUUUUUCCGAUUUCAUUCAAGAUGACAAAGAUUUGGAAAUUGUUGAGUAUGAUGAUGUCAUUACUUUGUACGACAUUCUUCAAGUGAAAUUACAAAAACAUAUUAAUGUUAUGCUUGAGGAUGAAUACAAAAUUAUAAUGGUUGGAAUAGAUGAUUUGAAAGAUUUAUCUGAUAAUAAUAUUGAACAUUAUAAGCGUAUAAGUCUUAACCCAUCAUUAAAUCAUCAAAACUAUGAAGUUUUCGGUUCGAUAAUAUCAAAUGAACAAACAAUGACAAAAUCAAAAGAAUUUUCUGUAAAAUUUAGAUUAAAGGAUUUUAAAGGAUUUACCGCGAUUAUAAAAAAACUUGAAACUCCGAAUUCUAAAAUUACAAAAAUUACAGAAUUUCAUAUUUUGUGGAUGAUUAUCGGAAAACCCUCAAAAUUACCGGAAUUGUCAGUAUUCAGUCCUAAAAAUCGAGAAUUUCAAAUCAUUUUUAUUGAUGAAUCGAUUUUAUUGCAACCAGAUAAAUUUUAUUAUGAAGUUAAAACUCCUUUUCAAUUAUCUGAAGGAUAUAUGAUUUCAAUUAACGCAUACCAUCCACCGAUAAACGAUGAACCUGCAAAUAUAGUUGAAUUCAUAAAAUGGUCAUGUAAUUCCAUUAUCUUUCGUUCUAAUUCAAUUUUAAAAGCUUUAAGUAUGAAUGAAAAUGAAGUUGGUAUUGAAUAUGAAGAUAACCUCUUAAUAGAGAAUUUUUCGAUAGAAUUGCAUAUUUGUAUCUUAUUUUCAGAUACUAAAAAAUUGAGGAUCGAUAAUAAAGAAGAUGAAUAUCCUUUCGAUUUAAUUGGAAAUGUUUUUACAAAUGAAAAUUUUAUUGAAUAUUCAUUAAAUACCGAAAAUGGAAUUGUAUCAAUGGAUACUGUUAAUGAAAAUAAUGAUUUAAACGUUAUUGUUGAAAAGAUAAUUUCUUAUCUUUUAAAUGAAAAGAAUUUUACAUUUGACGAAAACAAAAAAAUUCAAGUAAUACUUGACAAUUAUAUCACCAAUAAUGGUAUAAGCCUAUCGGAUAUUAUUGAUUGGCUAUUAAAUAAUCAAAAUAAUUCGAAGAACAUCUUUUUACUUGGAUAUGUUUAUUGCUUUAUUACAAAAGAAGUUUAUAAUAGUGCAUUUGACUUAUUUCAUGAUGCUGCAA